ACAACGCACAGAUGAGCUGGGAGAGAGGGAGCUGCAAUAUCACUAGGACGGUGAUGACAAACCAUUUUCAGAUGUUAACCAAAAUGAUACCUGGAUAAUUUAUAAUCCAACAUUUUCUGGCAAUGUAUAGCAAACCACCUUGUCUACCCAGUCUACGUUUUGUGAAAAAAUGGGGAUUCCUAUCGGAAUUAUGUUUUUUCCUUUGCGGACGCUUUGGAUGUUAUUUCUCUUGUGGAAUACAAUAGAGGCACAGACACGAUAUACCAUUCCUGAGGAACUAAAUGUGGGAUCCGUGGUUGGGAACAUAGCGAUGGAUCUGGGUUUGGGAAUCUCUGAGAUAUCUGAACGAAAACUGAGGAUAGCCUCGGAGGGUGGUAAGCAGUAUUUCAGCGUGGAUUUGGGAAAAGGCGAGCUCGUUGUCAAUGAGAGAAUAGACAGAGAGAAUCUGUGCGGACAAAGCGCCAGCUGUAUGUUGCCUUUAGAGGCUAUAGUACAAAACCCACUACAGCUCCAUCGUGUUGAAAUUGAGUUACAGGAUAUAAAUGACAAUUUUCCAGUUUUUCAAAAUAAUCAAAAUUUUCUAAAUAUUGCCGAAUCUACAUUGACAGGUGUAAAAUUUCGUUUAGAAUCGGCACAAGACCCCGACGUGGGCUCAAAUUCCAUAUGUUCCUACACGCUAAGUAAAAACGACAAUUUUGUUUUAAAAGUAAAAAUUAGCAAGGAUGGAACCAAAGUCCCCGAGUUGGCUUUGGAAAAAAUGUUGGACAGAGAACACAUACCAGCACACAGUCUAAUUCUGACAGCAAUAGAUUGUGGAACUCCAGCCCGGUCAGGCACAACAAAAAUCACUGUUCGGGUGUUGGACCAAAACGACAAUGCACCUGUUUUUGAAAAAUCUUUAUAUGGCUUGAAAUUGCUGGAAAACACUCUUAUCGGCACUGUAGUUUUGACUGUCAAAGCUGUAGAUCUUGACGAAGGUGGCAAUGGCGAAAUAACUUAUUCAUUUGAACCACAUAAUCCUGAAUCACUUCAGAAUCUGUUUUCUAUUGACUCACAAACGGGAGAUCUCGCAAUUAAGGGUGAAUUAGAUUUUGAAACAGGACGCUAUUUGAAAUUUGAUGUUCUUGCUACAGACAAUGGCCCGCUAACUAUGCAGGGACUGUGCACUGUUGAGGUAGAUGUCGUGGAUGUGAAUGACAAUGUUCCUGAUGUUAUUUUGAAAUCGGAACCUCCCCCGGUUAGGGAGGACGCACCUAUUGGAACUGUUGUGGCUCUGCUAAGCGCCAAGGACAUAGACUUUGGACAUAAUGGGAAAGUCACUCUAAGUUUACCACCAGGCGUACCUUUUAAAUUAAAACAAUCAGUGUCCAAUAAUUAUGCUUUAGUUACCGACUCCAUUUUGGAUCGAGAAUCAUAUCCGGAUUACACCAUUGAGAUAAUGGCAGUUGAUGCUGGAUCACCUCCUCUCUCAUCCAAAAAGAUGAUUCAUGUCAGUGUUCUUGACGUCAAUGACAACCCUCCAAUUUUCUCCCAAACAUCUUACACUGUCUAUAUCAGAGAGAACAAUGCUGCUGGAUCAAUAAUGUGUUCAGUGUCCGCUACAGAUCCAGAUAUAGGUGAGAAUGCAAAGAUCUCCUAUUCUAUAUUAGACUCUAAAAUACAAGACGUGUCAGUCUCCUCCUAUAUUUACAUCAACUCAGAUAACGGCAGCAUCUACAGCAUGCACUCGUUUGACUAUGAGAAACUAAAGGUGCUUCAGAUUCAGGUGCAGGCAAAGGACCACGGCUCUCCGUCUCUGAGCAGCAACACCACGGUUCAUGUUUUUAUCCUGGACCAGAACGACAAUGUCCCCGCUGUUAUUUACCCCUCCGCUGUCAUGGGCUCUGUCUCCCAUCAGAAGAUGCCCCGGUCCGCUAAAGCAGGCCACCUCACAACUAAGAUAUCGGCAGUGGACGCAGACUCGGGCCACAACGCCUUGAUUUCCUAUAGGCUGACGGAGGCCACAGACUCGUCUCUGUUCAGUGUUAGUCUUUACACAGGUGAGGUGAGGACAAAACGCGCUGUUUCAGAGCAGGAUGACUCCUCUCAGAGGCUGCUUAUAGAGAUAAAGGACAAUGGGGAUCCGGUCCAGUCCACCACAGUCACAGUCAAUAUACUGUUAGAGGACGGGCUACACGAACCCAUCUCGGAAUACCGCCAGAAAACAACAGAGCCCAGCAAGAGAAACAGUAAAACCACCUUUUAUUUGAUCAUCUCUCUGGCCUCAGUGUCCGUCUUGUCUUUGUUAACUUUCCUCAUCUUAGUGGUGAAGUGCGUUAGAAACAGUAGGAGCAGCUCGAGUUGCUGUAUCAGACGGGCUGAAUCUGAUGGAUACAAGAAUCCCAACAGAAACCUGCAGAUCCAGCUGAAUACUGACGGCCCUAUUAAGUAUGUGGAGGUCCUGGGAGGGGACAUGUUGUCUCAGAGCCAGUCGUUCAGGUCGUAUCUCUCUCCAAUGUCAGAGUUCAGUGAUUUCACCCUCGUUAAGCCCAGCAGCACCACUGACUUUAAGGAAAUGAUAAACGUGCUCUGUUGUUGGGAAUAUAGCUAA